CCCGCGGGAAGGGGCCUUCCUUCUGCACGGCGACGCCGCCCCUGCUCCCCGUGCUUCUUCGCACGCUCGCUCUUCUCCUCGCUGGGAAGGGGACCGUGGCUGCAGGCGGGCGGUGCGUGUCGCGGAGCCCUGGCAUGCCCGUCUUCGGGGCCGGGUCGAGGCUCCUGCGGCUGGCUCCCGAGCCCCUCCAGAGAGCGGCCGGCGGCUGGUGGACGAGUGGAGUUGGCCGUAACCUCUUCCAGUGUCUUUCCAUGGCUGAGGACCUGAGAAUCACAGCCAGCAGCCCAUCCAAGAUGCCGAAAAACAGGGAAGAGGAGGAGAAUGGACAUGAGCCGAAACGGUUCAAGGCCAGUGAGGAGAACGCUGAGGAUGGGACAAAGAGGUUUCCAAAGAGGAAGAUCGUGCUGCUGAUGGCGUAUUCGGGGAAGGGCUACCAUGGGAUGCAGCGCAAUGUGGGGAACACCCAGUUCAAGACGAUUGAGGAUGACCUGGUGUCGGCCCUCAUUCGUUCAGGGUGCAUCCCAGAGAACCACGGCGAGGACAUGAAGAAGAUGUCUUUCCAGAGAUGUGCCAGAACGGACAAGGGUGUUUCCGCAGCUGGGCAGAUAGUCUCUCUGAAGGUCUGGCUGAUAGAAGAUAUCUUGAGAAAGAUUAAUGAGAAUCUUCCUCCUCAUAUAAGAAUUCUAGGGCUUAAACGAGUCACUGGAGGCUUCAACUCCAAGAACAAAUGCGAUGCCCGGACCUACUCGUAUAUGUUGCCGACAUUCGCCUUCGCCCACAAAGACCGGGACCCUCAGGACAGCACCUACCACCUGAACGCGGAGACUUUGGCGGCUGUGAACAGCCUCUUGGCUUGCUACAGGGGCACUCACAACUUCCACAAUUUUACCUCUCAGAAGGGGCCCAAGGACCCCAGUGCCAGGCGCUACAUCAUGGAGAUGUAUUGCGAGGCGCCCUUUGUGCGGGAAGGCCUGGAGUUCGCCGUCAUCAAGGUGAAAGGGCAAAGCUUUAUGAUGCACCAGAUCCGAAAGAUGAUCGGCCUGGUGGUCGCCAUCAUGAAAGGUUACGCCUCCGAAUCCAUCCUGGAAAGGAGCUGGGGAGAGGAGAAGGUGGACGUGCCCAAGGCGCCCGGGCUGGGCCUGGUGCUGGAGCGGGUCCACUUUGAGAUGUACAACAAGCGCUUUGGGCACGACGGGCUCCAUGAGGCCCUGGAGUGGCAAGAGGAGGAAGAGAAGGUCGCGGCCUUCAAGGAGCAACACAUCUACCCCACAAUCAUCAGGACGGAGAAGGAGGAGAGAUCCAUGGCCACCUGGCUGGAAACACUCUCCAACCACGACUUCAACUCCACCGCCUCCAAGUUGCAGGGGGACAACAACGCGGCUUCAAAGAACGACCAGGCUGAGGGCAGUGAUGGAUGUGACGCCGACUCAGACUGACCCCAGAUGGUUCCGGGUUGUGUUGACGUGUGCUUUAGUCCAUGACAAUCCAAGCAUCUGCUGCCCAGUGAAUCCGAGACCUCUCAAGCCCUGACUACGAGAGGAGGAAAAGCAGAGGCGGCCCUCGAAACAGGACACUUAAUCCCCAUGUGACUGCAGAGGGAAGGGAAUUUCAUCAGCGAAUCAUGCUUUCAUUAUGCUUGAUAAAAGACUAUUUUGUUUUUUUAAAAAAUAGCUGAAUAAUGUUAUUUUGCUACUUAAAUAUAUGAGAGAAAAUAAUUAUUAAUCAGGCUUUCAGGGCAAGGGAUUAAUGGCAUCUUUCCCCUAUUGUAUUUUUCUUGGUGGAUCAAGUUUCUUGCUCUUCUUUUAGGCUUUCUUUGGCUUUGGGUUGGUCAAGGAAGAAGAUGGAAUUGCUCUGCCUAUUCUCCAGUCUUCCAGAGGUGAAAUAACACGAGAAUUGAUGUAAAUUCUGAUUGUGGCCUAUCUGACUUUCUACCCCAUUUCCUUUUUAAAAUGACUUAAUUUUCAGUUAGUGGACUUUUUAAAAAGAACCUCUCUGCUUUUUUAAAUAAAAUGAAAUAAAAGCUUCACAGGGCAUCAUG